AAGCAUAUUUUUUUAUUUAUUUUAAAAAUGAUUUAAGAUAAUUACACAUGAACGAAAUCUGGAUGGACAACAAGCUGUGCUGCUAAACAUUUUUGUAUAACAAAACUAAUUCUUCAAAAAACUACAUUCAUGGGCUUAGGGGACACAACAUUACUAUCCCUUUGAACUAUUUUAUAGAAACGAUCUUCAACACUCAUUUCUUAUAAAAACGAUCUUCAACAAAUUAAAUACCCAUAUCACAAAUCACAUUUCUUUUCUAUAAUCACUUAUCUCAACUUCUACACAUCAUGACUAAGAAAACAUGCAUAGCUAUGGUUCCUUCCUCAGGAUUAAGUCAUUUAAUUCCACAAGUUGAAUUUGCCAAACAAUUCCUCCAACAACACAAUCAAUUCAUUGUCUCCUUCAUAAUUCCAACAGAUGGUCCUCUCACACCUUCAAUGCAACAAAUCUUGAACACUCUUCCACCAAACAUAAACUUCAUUAUUCUCCCUCAAGUCAAAAACCUUCCACAACAUAGCUACGAACCUGCUACCAAAAUGAAACUCGUAGCAAAAUACUCUGUUCCAUUUCUACAAGAAGCAAUAAAAUCACUUAUUUCAAAAACUCACCUUGUUGCUUUAAUCUCUGGUGUAUUCUCAACUGAUGCACAUGAAGUUGCUAAGCAAUUCAACUUAUCUUCUUACCUUUUCUAUCCUUCAGGAGCUUUUACAUAUUCAUUCUUUGUCACUUUGCCGAAUCUCGACGACUCUGUUUCAUCUGAAACAGAGUACUUAUUAGAACCAGCUUAUGAAACAGUAAUUGUUCCAGGUAGUACAAUCACUUUAACUAUCGAAGAUAUUCCAGAUAUAAUUAAAAGUGAAAGAUCAAGCAUAGUUUACAAAUCAUUUCUUGAUGUGUGUAAGAAAUUCUCAUUAUUUGAUGGUGUUAUCAUAAACACUUUCACUGAUUUAGAACCAGAAGUUAUAAGGGUUCUUCAAGAAAAUGAAAGAGAGAGUAAGAAACCUUGUGUUUAUCCUGUGGGACCAAUCAUUAGAAAUGAGUCUAAUUGUGAAGAAAACAUUAAUUUGAUGUGUUUAAGGUGGUUGGAAAAUCAACAACCAAGUUCUGUUCUUUUUGUAUGUUUUGGAAGUGGUGGAACAGUUUCUCAUGAUCAACUUAAUGAGUUAGCAUCUGGAUUAGAAUUAAGUGGUAAAAAAUUCCUGUGGGUUGUUAGAGUUCCAAAUAAAGUUACUAACUCUGCAUAUUUUGUUGGAGAAAAAGAUGAUCCAUUAGAGUAUUUACCAAAUGGUUUUUUAGAAAGAACAAAAGAAAAUGGAUUAGUUGUUUCAUCAUGGGCCCCACAAGUUGAGAUUCUUGGUCAUGGUUCAAUUGGUGGUUUUUUGAGUCAUUGUGGUUGGAGUUCAAUUUUGGAGAGUGUGGUUAAUGGUGUGCCUAUGAUUGUAUGGCCUUUGUUUGCAGAACAAAAGAUGAAUGCUAAAUUACUUAUUGAUGUGCUUAAAGUGGGUGUGAGGGUAAAUGUUGAUGAUGAAAGUGGGAUAGUGAAAAGAGAGGAAGUUGCUAAAAGUGUAAAGAGAAUUAUGGAAGGUGAUGAAAGUUUAGAAAUAAGGAAGAGAAUCAAAGAAUUGAGUGUUGGUGCUGCUGUUGCAACAAGUGAAGAUGGUUCAUCUUGGAAGGCACUCUCUUCAUUAGCUUUGAAAUUGCAUAGCUUUUGAAUUGUAUGUGUGAUGACAUUAUUAUUAUGUUUAAAUUUGUGAAGAGUCUACCACAAUUGCGAUCUAGAGGGACACUUGAUGUUAGAACUGAUCCUCGAACCAAAUUAAAUUGGUGGUGAAAGUCAAAAAAAUUGUAAAGAGUCUGUCCGCAACUUAAUUGAUAACUAUCAGAGAUAUUAUUAGAGAGAUUGUGGUUGGAACUUCAGACUCUCUAUAUUUAAAGCGUAAGAGCUUAGCCACUAUUUUAUUUGAGAAAAUAAAAUAAAGUUGUAAAUAUUCUCAAUAAAUACAUCAUAUGUAUAUGUUGACAUUGUGGUUCCUAUUUUUUAUUUUUAUUUUUUAAGGAAAAGGAUAUUUUAUAUGUUGUAUAAUCUAGGUUGCAAAGAUGAGUGAGUAGUAAUGAAUGGUUGGUAGAGUAAA